UGAACCCAGCAGCUGAACCUUGUGUCAAAACACAGAGGGAAAUCAGCAGCAGGCAGCGCAGGAUCUCACCUCGACUCCAGCCUUAGCCCGGUUUUAUUGGAAAGUAUUUGUUGACACAAAGUCAUUUCAUUUAAGUCCGCGUACCAUGACCGAACAAUCAGCAUUACUUCUUCGAAAACAACUGGCAGAGCUCAACAAGAACCCCGUGGAGGGCUUUUCAGCUGGUCUGAUAGAUGAUGAUGACAUAUAUAAAUGGGAAGUUGUGAUCAUUGGUCCACAAGAUACCCUUUUUGAAGGAGGGUUUUUCAAAGCAUACCUAACCUUUCCCUAUGAUUAUCCACUACGGCCUCCAAAGAUGAAGUUCAUCACUGAAAUAUGGCACCCAAAUGUUGCAAAGAACGGGGACGUUUGCAUCUCAAUUCUGCACGAGCCAGGAGAGGAUAAGUUUGGUUAUGAAAAGCCUGAGGAGCGUUGGCUUCCCAUCCACACGGUAGAGACAAUCAUGAUUAGCGUUAUCUCCAUGCUGGCAGACCCCAACAGCGACUCACCAGCUAAUGUGGAUGCGGCGAAAGAGUGGAGGGAGGACCCUAACGGUGAAUUCAAGAGGAAGGUGGCUCGCUGUGUAAGAAAAAGUCAAGAGAUGGCUUUUGAUUAGGAGUCAAUUGUAAAUUCCAGGUUAAAGGAAAUGCCUUCAGAGGGAAAAUUUCAGCAAAAGGCUUUUGCACCCCUUGUUUUGCCAGUCAAAGGAAUUGGUUGGCUCCAACCACGUUUCUGUGAACGGUUGUCAUUUUCCGCAAGAUGAGCCAAUUUGAGAACCCUACCAGCGAAAUUAACCUGUUUCCUACCUGGAAUUGUAUAUUUAAUUUUAUUUAUUUUGAAAAAUUAAUGAUGUAAGAUAUGUCACUACUGUAAAUUAACUUGCUUUUUUAUCUGCUGCUGAACAGUUUCUACUUUAUACCAGGUUUCUUAUGCAAUUUAGUGGUCAAGAUUGUGUAAAAACAAAACGAAAACCCGUCACCAUUAGGUCAUCACUCGUCCUCCCCACUGAAUACUUAAACCACCAGAUUAAUGUCGGCCCCAACCAAUCUUUGUCAAUAGAUGUGAUUAUUUUCAACACUGUCAUGGAAUAUCACUGUUGCCUUUUGUUGGCUUCACCUCCUCACAGUCUGCGUGUGGUUUAGAGGGACAGGUUGAGAACUUGAAGAGGGUUAUUUUUUUCAUACAGUCUUUGAUUUGCUGAGAAACGGCCUCCUGUUAGCAUGUUCUUGUUAUGCUAGUGCAUGUCUUCCAAAUAUAAAGCUAGGUCUCUCAAACCUGCAUGAUCCCCUCAAACAGCUCCGUUAUGUAUUGUCGCUAGCUGUCGAUGUAAAUGGAAUGGCAAACUCAGUGAUUUGAGAGCUCUAGCUUCAUAAUGUAUAGACUUCCACAAGCGUAGCUAAUGCUAACAGGAGGUUCGUGCCAACUUCUCAGGAUCGAAGGGUUUCGAUUAGCAAUCAGAACGGUAAACCUCUAAUAUUCCUGAGCCUUUCCUUUAACAUGUGCUCAAUGGAGACAUCUAUUAAUUAUCACUUAGUCUUUUCACAACGUUGUUAUAACUCAUGGACAACCAAAUACAGUCUGUGAAAAUAGCCUAAGCUGUGAUUAGUCCAUGUGUACUGGUUAACUGGCGCCUGAGCUUACCUCACUUUAAAAGGUUUGGCAAAUUUGACUCAUUAUGGUUGUUUGAAUUUUUAAUUUAUUAACAUGGAGAAUUUAAGGGCUCCAUAGUAGAAUUAGGCUAGUCUUUCUUACUUUGUUGUGGCACAUUUGGCUUUUGAUCAAGGUGUGGCUAAAGAAAGAUGUGUAAAUCACAUUCACUCGGGGGGAUUUGUGGUAGAUUGUUGAACUCUGAUUGGUGCAUACUUAGGUAAUGUUAUCACCUUUAUGUAAUCACUGAGUUUGGGUUCUUGAUAGAGACUUGAAGUUAACUCGCCACUUAGUAGAGUCUAAAUAAGUGUUCUGAUGGGACGUGAACACAAUAGCGCGUCUGGCUUUUAUUUUGAAGGAAUAUACACAGUUGUUGUUUGGGUGGAGUCUGGAAACCAUUUGCUUCGGUUCACCUUCAUAGAUGGCGUAGCUGACCGUUAAAGCCAUGAUGACAUCUACUCUAAAUUAUGUUAUACAUGAUUGAUCUGUGACUGACAUUGAAAAACCAUCUUUUGGCGCAUGCAAUCAGGUUGGAAGGAGUUGGGUAUGUUUAAAUAAUUGUUAGUGCAUUCUGGGUGAAUGUGAUGUGUACAGUUAGUAGUUUUCUGUAGACUUUAUGAUCACAUAACUGCUGUCGACAUUACCUUUUUAAGUCAGAAUUUUCUAACCUACCAUGACCUCCUCUGACCGGUGUUCACUGUAUUUGCACAGAUUCAGUGCGUUUGAAAUGUCAUUAAGCAAUACGCUCUGAAAAUGGUGUGUCCAGGUAAUCCACCCUAACGCCAUUAUUUGUUUUUGGGUUCUUUUUUUUCCAUUUUGUGUCAAUGCAAUGUAUAUUGGACAUGAUGCUCAAUAAAGUGUGUAAACAGA